CAAACAUUCUUUGCUUUUCUUCUUUCAUCUUCUUCUUCCCUUUGAUUCAAAUUUCUUUUGCUAUGAUUCUUUCUAAAAAACUCAUCCUUGUUCUGUUUUUGUCGAUUUCUCUGUUUCUAGUUCCAGCAAGUGCUAUCAGAGGUUUUGUUGAGAAGCCCAGAAAUAUUAAAAUUGAUGGGUAUUUGAAUUAUGUUGAAUCUCCAGAGUAUCGUAAUAGCCAAGAAUGUCCAAUUUUAGAUUCAAAUUUGUUGAUUUGUGACCCAAGUUUGAUACAUGUAGCUAUGACUCUUGAUGUCAAAUAUUUUAGAGGAUCAGUAGCAGCAGUUCACUCUGUUCUCAAGCAUUCAUCUUGUCCAGAAAAUGUUUAUUUCCAUUUUGUGGCUUCGAAGAAUAAAGAUUUUCAAGAACUGAGACAGAUGGUGAAGUCCAUAUUUCCAUCUCUGAGUUACAAAGUUUACAGCUUUAAUGAGUUUCGAGUGAAGAAAUUGAUAUCAUCUUCGAUUCGUCAAGCUCUUGAUAAUCCAUUGAACUAUGCUAGGACUUAUUUAGCUGAGAUCAUCCAGCCCUGUGUUGAAAGGGUAAUUUAUCUUGAUUCUGAUGUUGUUUUGGUUGAUGACAUCCAAAAGUUAUGGUCGAUUUCUUUAACUGGUUCGAGAAUUAUUGGAGCUCCAGAGUACUGUCACGCAAAUUUCAGAACAUAUUUUACCAACAAUUUUUGGUCUGACCCGAAAUUAUCGAAUGUGUUUCAAGGGAAAAAGCCUUGUUAUUUCAAUACAGGGGUGAUGGUUAUAGAUUUAGGGAAAUGGAGAAAAGGAGAUUAUACUGUAAAGAUUGAGAAAUGGAUGAAGAUACAGAAGGAGAAAAGGAUUUAUGAAUUGGGAUCAUUACCACCAUUUAUGUUGGUAUUUGGAGGGGAAAUUGAAGGAAUUGAUCAUAGAUGGAAUCAACAUGGGCUUGGUGGAGAUAAUUUGGUGAAUAGUUGUAGAACAUUGCAUCCAGGUCCAGUUAGUUUGUUGCAUUGGAGCGGUAAAGGGAAACCUUGGGUCAGGCUUGAUAAAGGGAAUCCUUGUCCUGUUGAUCUUUUAUGGAUGCCUUAUGAUCUCUAUAGACUUAGCUCAAUUGAUUCUUUUGACGAUCAAGAGCCAAGAGCCAUGAUUUGAUUGUUUAAGCAUACAAGUUAAAACCCUAUAGUGAUAAUUUUUUUAUUCUUUUUCUACAUUGGGAAAAAGUGACAACUUAGAUCCAGGGGAUGAUUUUGUUGAGUCCCCUUCGAGUUAUUUCUUGUGUAUAAGAGCAAAUUAUUUUUGUAAAGCGAUUAUUCUUUCAUUUUAUUUGUGAUAAUCAGAGUAUUCAUUUGA